AUGGUGAUCAUUUUCGCCUCAUUUGAUUGUCCGAACGUCAACUUGGAUGGCGAAUGGGAUUGCGGGGUUUACUGCGAAGGAUAUGCCAAAGAUACCUUUGUUGUAGCUGUUCUUGAAGAUUCUGGCUCGUCAAUGUUUCAAGCGGGGGUUGGAGUCAUUGCCAUUAAUGAUAAUAAUCGGGAGAUAUAUGUUAUUAUGAAAGGCACAUCUCAUAUUGGCAACUGGUUUUCAAACGCUCAAAUGUCUAUGACGGAUAUCAGUGAUGGCAUAUUUCCAAAAUCGUCUGCUCGGAUCCCAUCUGGGGCUAGUGUACACUCUGGGUUUUUGAACAUCUACUUGGAAGUGUCUAAAAAACUCAAGCAUAUUCUUAAAAGUUUAAUGCGAUCCAAUCCCACUUAUAGCAUCAAGUUUAUUGGCCACUCGCUUGGCGCUGCACUUGCCACGAUUGCUAUAUCUGAUGCAGCUACCACGUUUGGUCCCGCCCGGUCCCGAAACAUGCAUCUAUAUUCAUAUGGAAGUCCUCGUGUUGGAGAUGCUAUAUUUGUUGAGUGGAUUUCAACCCUCAACAUCGGCUCUCUUCAUCGUAUUAUAAACGUCAAUGAUCCAGUCACUCAAAUGCCCGGAUUAUUUUUGGGAUACAAACAUAUCAAAACCACCUCUGGAUUUGAUAAUAAUUUUGGUGCUAUCCCCUGUACUGAAGAAGAGACUAGCGGCGAAUCUUUGGACUGCGAUCAAGUCAGUAUGAUGAAUCCAGAUAUCAGAUCACAUACGACUGGAUAUUUCUACUCAUCUGGAUGCAAACCACACCGUAUCGAAAUGGACAAAAACAAAUUACCCGCAAAACAUUAUACUUGA